CCUCCGGUGCUUUUUAUGAUGUUCAUUUCAAGAUGGCGGCAGAGACUCGGAUUGAAGAUUAUUUUAUUGAAAAUUUCAGCUGAUUGACGUGAUGGGUAGUCACGUUGAUGCAUUCUAACGAUCCCGGUUGGAUUAUUGUGAAAGAAGACUUGGCAGGUGAAGAUGAAUUCUGCCAAGCUAUGGGCCCCAUUUAAGCUGAGUGCAUUGUGAUUUCCAGUAAUUGAGACAGUGAUUUUAAAAGCUGUCUACAUUAAUGAAAAGAGCAAUGUAGUCAGCUUAACAUGAUCAUCUAUCUUAUGUUUUGAAAUGUCCUUCAUAUUGUAAGCUAUAGGAAUCUAACCAUUUUUUACACUGUUUUUUACAAGGUAUUAUUUAAGUAGAUUUUGCUCCUGUAUCUAACUACUGUAAUAGUAUUAAAAAAAUGGAAACGCAAGAAAUUAAACCACCUCUUCCACAAGGAACACCAGAUUCAGGAAUCUUGGAAAACCUUGAUUGUCCCCCACCUCUGCCGCCAAGUAUGCAGCCUCCACCACCUCCCCUGCAAACGUCCAGUGACGCAGAGGUAAUGGACGUUGGCUCCGGUGGUGAUGGACAAUUAAACACCCCAGCAGGGGACAUUGAAUCCAUUAUCAAAGCACAACUUCUUACAAAGGGAUCCAUCACCUUCAGCAACCGCUUUAGAGAUGAUUCUGAAUGCAGCACUUCCAAUCCUAGGACUGCCCGUCACGCGCCUCCUGUCACCAAAUUUUUACCUGAUUUAAAGCUGUUGAAAGAUGUGAAAAUAAGUGUUAGUUUUACAGACAGUUGCAGGAGCAAAGACAGGAAAGUCUUAUAUACAGGGCAGCGCCAAGGUCUGGAAGCAGAGGCUGACCUUAGCAGUGACAGUGUAAAUGGCAACUUAUCAGAUACUGAUGUUUGUAGCGGUGGCAGUAUGGGUGUUAGGGCUGUGAGCAAUUCUAAAGGACAUGUUGAAAAGAAGUGGGAGGGCGUGGAAAUUGAUCAGGAGAAGAAAGUAGAGUUUGCAGUUCUGGAUGAAUUGGAGGAAUUCACCGAGAAUUUUAUGGAAACUGACGACAUAGAAAGAGCUGGUUUCCACUCUGAGAUGAUUGUGCAGCAGGAGCAUGUGGAUGAGGAGAUCCUCAGUUACAACUUUGAGGAUGACUUUGACAAUGAUGUUGAUGCACUGCUGGAGGAAGGACUCCCUGCUCCCAAAAAGAUGCGGCUUGCUGAGGACCACUAUGCAGGAGAAAGCGAUCAUCAGUCAGAUGGAGAGACAAGUGUGCAGCCAAUGAUGACCAAAAUUAAAACUGUUCUUAAAAGUCGUGGGCGUCCACCAACAGAGCCACUACCUGAUGGGUGGAUUAUGACAUUCCAUAACUCGGGUAUUCCAGUGUAUCUGCACAGAGAAACCAGAGUUGUCACUUGGUCCAGGCCUUACUUUCUAGGAACUGGGAGCAUAAGGAAACACGAUCCUCCAAUAAGUAGCAUUCCUUGUCUACACUACAAGAAGAUGAAGGAUCAAGAGGAGAGAGAACUAAAUGGAGAAGUGACCCCUAAUAGAGAAACCUCGCCUAUCAAAGCUGCAGAAGGAAUAUCGGACUCCCCCGAAAAGGCAGAUGAACCAGACUCCACUGCUCCCGAAGAGGUUUCUGCUGGUAAUGUAGAUACUCCUGAAGAGUCGAUCUCCACUGAUUUACCUCCAGAAGACCGUGAGACACAAAGCAGUGAAGCAACCCAGGGAGCAUUGGGCCAAGUGAAAGCCAAAGUAGAAGUGUGUAAGGAUGAAUCUGUCGAGAUUGAAGAGUUUCGUAAAUACCUGGAGAAAAGAUUUGAUUUUGAGCAAGUUACUGUCAAGAAGUUUCGAACUUGGGCUGAAAGACGACAGUUUAAUCGAGAGAUGAAGCGCAAACAAGCAGAGGCAGAGAGGCCCAUCUUACCAGCUAACCAGAAACUGAUUACUUUGUCUGUGCAAGAUGCUCCGACCAAAAAAGAGUUUGUCAUUAAUCCAAAUGGAAAAUCAGAAGUUUGUAUUCUGCAUGAAUACAUGCAAAGGGUUCUUAAAGUUCGGCCUGUGUAUAAUUUUUUUGAAUGUGAAAACCCAAGUGAGCCGUUUGGAGCUUCAGUCAUUAUAGAUGGUGUGACGUACGGUACUGGCACUGCAAGUAGCAAGAAGCUGGCUAAGAAUAAAGCUGCAAGAGCAACACUUGAAAUCCUGAUUCCUGAUUUUGUAAAACAGACAUCUGAAGAGAAGCCAAAAGACAGCGAUGAACUUGAGUAUUUUAACCAUAUCAGUAUUGAGGACUCGAGAGUUUAUGAAUUAACAAAUAAAGCUGGACUGCUAUCACCAUAUCAGAUACUUCACGAGUGCCUUAAAAGAAACCAUGGGAUGGGUGACACCAGCAUUAAGUUUGAAGUUAUUCCUGGUAAAAACCAGAAAAGUGAAUAUGUAAUGACUUGUGGGAAACACACUGUGAGAGGCUGGUGUAAAAAUAAGAGAGUUGGUAAGCAACUAGCCUCUCAGAAAAUUCUGCAACUGUUGCACCCUCAUGUGAAAAACUGGGGAUCCCUUCUACGCAUGUAUGGUAGGGAGAGCAGCAAAAUGGUGAAGAAGGAAAGUUCCGAUAAAAGUGUCAUCGAGCUGCAGCAGUAUGCCAAAAAGAACAAGCCAAAUCUUCACAUCCUGAACAAACUGCAAGAGGAGAUGAGGAAGCUGGCACGAGAGAGGGAAGAAACAAGGAAAAAGCCAAAAAUGACCAUAAUGGAGUCGGCCCAGCCUGGUAGUGAGCCCCUGUGUACUGUAGAUGUGUGAGUCCCCUGGCUGCACCGGUGACCCAUCCACAGGUCCCUGUAGCACAGAAUGUAAUAAACUCCCACUCGCUUGAAUUAUGCAUCAGAAUAAAAUGGCAAUAUUACUUCAAUGAAGGAUACCUCUUAACAAAGAGCACUGUUUUGGCUACAGAAGUGAUUUCUUAACCCAGCACAUUUUUACAUUGGAAGAAGUGGUCUCUUGCAGACAUGUGGGGAGAACACGUUGAACUGGGGUGUUUUCACGUGGCAUUUACCAUUCUGUUUCGUAAGGAGAUUGUUUCCAACAAUGCACUGUUGUUGACUUCCUGGGCACAUUUCUGCUUGGUUUAUUUAAUAUUUUGCAUUGCUGCCACGCUUAGUGCUUUCCCCACUCUUUUAAAUGUCUUCAAUGUGGGUGACACACAAUGAUAAAUGAAGAAUAUGCUUGCCUCAUUUUAAUAAAUAAAAAAAAAAACAAAAAAAAAACACUCCUUCCUCACCUUGCAAAACUGUUUGCCUUAUAGUUCAGGCUAGCAGAGAUUUCACAAAUGAGGAAGGUGUUUAUCUUCAACAAACUCUUGCUCCAUAGCACGAAGCCUCACUGUAUGUUUGACAAUUUUUUUUUUUUUUUUAUUAAAUAUUGACACUCUGGUCUUGAACGUAUAAGCUAAUGUAGUGCCGGCCCUGCCUCUGUAAAGUUUAGAGAUGAACUGCACUGCUGCAUGUAGAAAUGGGGGAACGCAGUUAUGGAGAGGCGUGAUGCAUACCUCUCUUCUCUCUAGGGGAUUUAAAAUCCUAUGCACUAGAGCAUGAAUAUGCGCAAAAAAGUUUCCUUUUGUUUCCCUUUAAUUCCCAUCACUGACCAAGUGGGUUUCUUGGAACAUUUAUAGUGUUGACCUUGGCCAGUAAAGGUUUUGUCUCAACACACAUUGCUGCUGUUUUUAGGAAAGAGUUAAGAAGAUACAGAAGGCGAAUCGCAUUGUCGCGAUCUGCAAUUUUGACCAUAAACACUAAGAUGCAAACGAUAUGCAUGAUACACAUUCUACAGAGUACAUACUUAAAAUGAAAACUCAAGGCAGGACGUUGGUUCCACACACCGUUUUCAGGCAUGUGUUUGUGCCAUUGCUCUUAUUGGUCCUCUUGCCUUAGCCGGCCUGUUACUUUUGAUUUUCUUAAAGGGCCUGCGUCUCGGAGGAAAGUCUCUGGUAAAGAUGUCGUUCAAGUAGACCUGCAUGGAAACUCUUGGAGCGAGUGGAGGGCUGCCAGUAGACCGUGCCAUUCCUUUGAUGUGGGCAGUUGCUGCAUUGCGCAUGUGUUCUGUCUAUAAUGUGUCUUAAUGGUUUUGUCUGUAUAACUGUCGUGUUUGACAUAUAAAAUCAAUCUUAAUAGUUUUGCUUUUGGUCAGCCCAAACUUCAUAUUUCCAUGUGGUACAGUACUAUUGUUCUUCAGGCAAGUUACUUAAAAAUAAUCUAAAGUCCACUUGUUCACCUUGAAGACGUAUGUACACAUUACUUAAAACUCCCAUGACCAUCUCGAAGCAGUGUGAACCAAAGCUUUCAUACAGUCUUAUGCAUUUUUAUAGAAUAAUAAACAGUAGUUUGCUGCAUUACUAAAUAGACAACCAAGAUGCAAUAACUGCUGGCGCAAGUCACCUGAGUAUCUGUGCACUGUUACUCAAAGAAGCAUUUGAAGUGUGUGUGCGCGUGUGUGUGCAUGUGCGCGUGUGUGUUGUUGACGCCUGUCUUUCCAGCUGUCAGACCAGUGUGAAGUUGCUGCAUUAGACGGUCACAUGACGCUUAAUGAAUUUGCUUCUCGUGUGUCGGUGUUCGUCUGGGGGAGCUGACGUUUUGCCUCGCUCAUUUGUUUUGCAAGGUGUGUGUGUGUGUGUGUGUAUGCAUUGUAGUGUGAGGCAUGUGGGCCUCCCCCACACUUUUUACUUUAGAAAUGUGGUGCGGUUUGAUUUGUUUCAGUGCAAAAAAAAAAAACUUUAUCUAGAGAGGAGUCAUGCUGCAUAGGAAGUGUGUCCUGUAAUGUGAUUAAAAGUGUGAUCACUUUUCAGUGAAAUAUUGUUUAUGCAAAUAAAAUUUUGUUUAGG